UAUAAAAAAAACUAUAUCAUAAAUCCUUUCCGACCCCCGUUCGCCGGCAACCAAACUUUAAAUCGCCCAAACACCAUCCAACCGCAACCGUCCUUCAAUUUCCAAAAGAUGGACCAGAGUAUGUUAGCGUACACACAAAUAUUAGGCAUGUCCCCGCAAUUCUUUCACGGUCCACACGGCUUUGCAUCCAUGGGCGGUUCGCAAGCGUCUCAAGAAGAAACCGAGCCCGACAUUGAAACUGUACCGGAGAUACAAGCUGAGCCCGUAGCCGAGGCGUCUCAACGUGGUAAACGGUCUCAUAAAAAAGAGCCAAACGCUCCACGCCGGAAUCGAACCUACCUAACUUGGUCGAAAAAUGAGGAGUACGUGUUAGCACGGGCGUGGCUCGACAUAUCGGAGGACCACGAAGUUGGUGAGCUUCGGGACAAAGAUUCGAUAUCAAGCAAAUGGACCGAUAUAAACCAGAAAUGUCAUCAGUUUCAAGAAGUUUUCCAACGCACGCGAAAUAAAUGGGAUAGCGGACAAAACGACACGGGUAUAUUAACAAGAGCGUUGAAGGAGUACAACCAAACGGGAGGCGUUUUCACAUACUUGAAUUGUUGGGAGCUUCUACGCGGAAGUCCUAAAUGGUCUAACGUACACAGCAUGACGUCUAAUAGUAUAUUUCUAGGUGAGUUGGUAUAUUUCUAUCUUACAUAUUCUCUAGUCUUAGAAUCCAUGUCUUAUCGUUCAUCUUAGUGAAGGUCAAUAAUCUACUCAAAUGAGUUGUUUACUUUUUACAUUUGCCUUACUUUUAUUCUUUUUCUUACACCUAUCCCUGACUUAUUCUUAUAAUGAUAUUACACACCACUUGAGCCCGGUUCUCACAGCCAAUAUAACAAUGCACAUUAGUCGAUCACUAUUCUGUUGCCCAAGUAUGAACGUCCGCGAGGGGCUUUUACCAGUUUCGUUGGUAUAUAUUUCAAGAAUACUCGACUAAUCAAAAACUGAAGACAGGGAGGUUAUAAUUCACAUAUUAUACUUUUCUCAUGAUAACGCUAGCUACCAUACUAUAUAAUGUGUACAGGUUAUAUUGCUGGUGAGAAUCAAGCCUAAGUUGUAUGUUAUAUCAUUAUGAGAAUAAGUCAUGGAGAGGCGUAAGAAAAAGAAUAAAGUAAGCCAAGUGUUAAACGUAAACAACUCAUUUUAGUAGAUUGUUGACGUUUAUUGAGAAGGAGGAGACUACAUGGAUUCUGAGACUAUAGGAUGUGUAUAUGUAUACAGAAAAACAGGAGAGAGACUACGGAAACAUCAAGGAAGUUAAAACAACUCAUUUGUUUUUACUUGUAAUAAAAUAAAGAUGAACAACGCGGCUACAAUCAAUGUUGUAGAAGGCGCUAGGCGCUAGUCGGGCGGUGAGGUACAGCCUAGGGAUUA